AUGACACCCAACACCACCCGAGAAGUGCCUGGCCCUAUUCCCACAGGGGUCUUGGGGUUCUCGCUAGCCCUGGCCAUCCUCAUCGUUGCUGCCAACCUGCUCCUGAUGCUGGGCAUCGCCAGGGACCGCCAGCUACGCAGUCCACCCGCCGGCUGCUUCUUCCUGAGCUUGCUGCUGGCCGGCUUGCUCACGGGUCUGGCACUGCCCAUGUUGCCAGGCCUGUGGAGCCAGAGCCUCCGGGGCUACUGGUCCUGCCUCCUCCUCUACCUGGCUCCCAACUUCUCCUUCCUCUCCCUGCUGGCCAACCUCCUGCUGGUGCACAGCGAGCGCUACAUGACGGUGCUGAGGCCGCUGCGGCCUCUGAGGGGGAGCCCACACCUGGCGCUGCUUCUCACCUGGGCCUGCCCCCUGCUCUUUGCCAGCCUGCCUGCCCUGGGCUGGAACCACUGGGCCCCUGGCACCAACUGCAGUUCCCAGGCAAUCUUCCCUGCCCCUUACCUCUACCUAGAAAUCUAUGGGUUGCUGCUACCUGCGGUGGUGGGUGCGGCCCUGCUCUCCAUCCGUGUGCUGGCUGCUGCCCACCAUCAGCUGCGGGACAUCCAGCGACUGGAGCGGGCAGUCUGCCGCGGGGCUCCUUCCGCCCUGGCCCGAGCUCUGACCUGGCGCCAGGCAAAGGCACAGGCUGGUGCCACGCUGCUCUUCAGCCUCUGUUGGGGGCCCUACGUGGCUGCCCUGCUGCUCUCCAUGGAGGCCUAUGAGCAGCGCCCCCCACUGGGCCCAGGAACUCUGCUGGCCCUCAUCUCCCUGGGCAGCGCCAGUGCAGCAGCAGUGCCUGUGGCGAUGGGCCUGGGGGAUCAGCGCUACACAGCUCCCUGGAGGACGGCUGCUGGUCACUGUCUCCAGGGCCUGCAGGGCAGAGCAGCUCAGGGCAGGGCUGAACACGGCCCAGACUACCACACCUGUAGUCGGAGCAGAGCGGUUGACCUGGACUUGAGCUAGAAGGGAUCCUUAUCACUCCUCAAAGCUAUUCAGACCUGUGAGAAACCUCCACUUGUUCCUGCACCCCUGUCUGUUGGACUCCCCCCACCACCUAGCCCCUCCCAUGCCACACACUAAAUAAAGCUGGUUGGCAUCUG